UACUUUUCCUCUCCGCGUUCGUGAAUAAACAAACUGGGGCUCAAAUCUGGAACCUUCCGUUGUGACAAAAACAAGUACGCUUCAAAACACACCGUAAAAAUGCACGAAAACUCGAUUUUAGUUCUUAUCCGUGUGUUUUUUAGUCAGCAUCGACAUUUUAUGCUUUUAUUUUGAGCCUCUGACGAACAGACGCGGAGUAAAUAGACUUUGUACACCAGUGUACUGUGUGGUGAGGAAACAGGAGGCGUUCUGUGGUGUUGUGAAAGUGUCACAGCACAUUUCUGCUCCUGUAACACAUCAUCUGCGCCUCAGAAGUCGCCUGGUUCUCAUCAUCAUCAUCAUCAUCAUCAUCCUCAGUCCUGAACAGCUCCUGCUGGUUAAUCAUCCCCAAAGAGACGGCGGCAUGUUACCUGAUCAGGAUGGACAGAAUGUUGGAGGAGGAGCGAGCGAAGAUCCCUCCACUGCCCUUUUCAGGGAAUAUCUCCGUCUGAAGACGGUGCAUCCAGAACCAGACUACGAUGCCGCUCUUAGGUUCCUUGGCAGGAUUUCUGAGGAACUCGGUUUGCCCAUGAAGAAAGUGGAGGUGUGUCCUGGUAGAGUAGUGACCAUCCUGACAUGGACAGGCACGGAUCCUGCUCUGAAGUCCAUCCUUCUGAACUCUCACACAGAUGUCGUUCCUGUGUACCAGGAGCACUGGAAGUACGAUGCAUUCGCUGCUGUGAAGGAUGCUGAGGGAAACAUCUACGGCAGAGGAUCCCAGGACAUGAAGUCGGUCACCAUACAGUAUAUCGAAGCUGUUCGUCGUCUGAAGGCCGCGGGGAAGACGUUCCCUCGCACCAUCCACUUGAUGUUCGUUCCAGAUGAAGAGGUUGGAGGUCAUAAAGGAAUGGAGUCAUUUAUAAAGCACCCCGAGUUUCACAAGCUCAAUAUAGGCUUUGCCCUGGAUGAGGGUCUGGCUAAUCCCUCAGAAGCCUUCACGGUGUUUUAUGGAGAAAGGAAUCCUUGGUGGGUGACAGUUCGGUGUCCAGGCAGUCCAGGUCAUGGUUCCAGGUUCGUGGAAAACACAGCAGCUGAAAAAAUGCGCCGGGUCAUUAAUUUGUUCCUGGAGUUCAGAGAGAGAGAGAGACAGCGGCUGAAUACGAGUGAGUGUUUCACUCUGGGUGAUGUCACCACCAUUAACAUGACAAUGGUGAAUGGGGGUGUGGCUUACAAUGUCAUUCCAGCUGAGAUGGACGUCAGCUUUGACAUUAGAAUUCCACCCACUGUCAGUCUGCAGGAGUUUGAGGAGCAGAUUAAGGCUUGGUGUAAGGAAGCGGGACAUGACGUCACGUACGAUUUUGCGCAGAAAGGAAUGAAUCAGACAACUACUUCCACAGAGGACAGUGACCCCUGGUGGAGUGCGUUCAGCUCCACGUGCAAGUCCAUGAACAUGUUGUUAAAGAAGGAGAUUUUUCCCGCCGCCACAGACAGCCGCUUCAUCAGAGCCGCGGGUCUGCCUGCGAUCGGGUUUUCUCCGAUAAACACCACUCCCAUCUUACUGCAUGACCACAACGAGUUCAUCAGUGAAAGUGUGUUCCUCAAUGGCAUCCACUUCUACGAGACUGUCAUCCCUGCUCUCGCCAGUGUGCCCACUCUGAGCACUGAUGCCUAGACACACACACUCACACACACACACCCUCUCUCUCUCUCUCCACUUUUCUUUCUCUCUAUUAAAGCACACCGGUGCACUUCCAGCUGCUAUAACCUCUCAGCCAGAGUUUAUUUUUUUUUUGUUUUUUUUUUUUAAACCAAAGAGCCGAGGGAACUCGUCUGCGUACGAGACCUCAGCCUUCUCCUAGUGUGUGCUUCUAAUCCUCCAGCUCAGGAUUCUGUUCAAGUUCAAUCAGAAAUAAUAACCUCAGCAUUACAUCGCCGCAGCCUCGGCGUCGUGCUGCUCUGGUGCAGUGACGCUCGUCGUGUUAGUAAAGGAUGAUGAAGUCUUAAACGUGAAUAUCUGGGAGCGUCAGUGAGCUCUGUGUGACUUACAGAGGACACUCAUGAAUUAUUGCAGGCUGUAAUAGUGUUGAAUUAGAAGUAGGACGCCUCUGAUUUACUCAUGUUUACAAUCACUUAGCUGUAUACUGGAUGAUGUGUUGAUUUUUACUUGAUGUCACAAGAUUGAUUUAUAUGCAUAUCUUAAUUAUUAAAUAUUUUAAAACCUCAGAA